UCCGGAGUAUUUGUUGUCUCGAGUUUCUAGGCACGCAUAAUUUUCGAAUCCACUUGAAUUGUGGGCUGUUAGAUAGAUUUCGUCAUGUCCUAGCUAAACAUGUAUUUUAUAGAGCUAGUUUGCUCACAAGUUUUACUGCCUUAAGUGUUUUCCUAAUUAAGUCUUAAAUUUUAAGAUGGCCAAGGCAACAAGACAGUUGCGACACAAUGAAGAACAUUACGUUGCCAAGAUGAAUUUCCGAAGUGAGAAGAUUCUACGAAGUCAAAUCGACCGAUUGAACAAGGAGAAACUGUUGCAGGUGAAAAGCCUAAACGCUCAAAUGAGGACGUAUGAGAGAAAGUUGCAGAAGAUAAACGACAGAGUCGCUGAAGUGGAAAAACUUUCACGAACUGACUUCGACCCGUCUCAGCGUCUUCCAACUCGAGAGCACUUCAACAAGCUAAACGGUGAUGCCGUGCGACAGCGACAUCUCGCCACUGGAGUCGGUUACUCGUAUAUAGAUCAGCUGUUAGGAGUAUCAAAACCACUCGUGAACAGACCGCUAAGGUGGGGAAUAAACCCGUCUUUACCAAGUCUUCAACAGCACACUUCUAAACCGAUUACUCUGGUAACAGACGCUGCCUCGUCGAAUGCAUUCAUGACGGAGAUUAAAGGUCACCCUAUCUAUCUUCGACCGAGAGAAGCAGUUUAUAUCAAGAGGCAAAGACCUGCUCCGGAUGCUUUGAUUUUGCCUCCCAUCGCAUUGAAAACCAGUGAAAAACAAGCCAUGGAACGGCAGUCAGUGUUUCAUGUCGAGAACAAUACAAUGUCACAUGAUUCUUUGCCCGAAAAAGACGAAGUUAAUCCCGUAAUAACUAUCCAGGACGUAAGUUCGCAGCUCUCUCCGAUUACUGAAAGCGGAACUGAACAAGCAACAGAAAUCUCUAAAACGGACGGUGAAAGUGAUAUUGCCAUACAUACAACGGGAAUGUUAAAGAAAAAAGAACAUAUCAAGGUGAAACUGAAUGAAACAGAACCGUCUAACAUUAUGGAAAAACCUGACAUAGUUGUAGAAAACGAAGAGGCUUCGCGUAUGAACAAGGAAAUAUUCAGGAGUGCUAGUAGUUCACCCUCAUCAUCAUUGCGAGGGCAUUUUAUUACAGAAUAUGAGUUUCCAUCACACGGUGCGAAACGUUUUACUCGAAGCACCGAAAUGUUAAGUGUUGAAACGAGCGAGGCUCGGACCGAAAAAUACAAUGAAAACGAACCAAACUCAUUUCGGUAUCAACUUCAUGCUAGAAGAUUUUCUUUGUAAAUUAAUCCGACAAGAAUGACCUUUCAAAAUGGUAUCACAAUUUCCCUAUUAAUAGCAAAAAAUUGAAUAUUUUACAUAUAUUUUACAUAUGUAUGACAAAACUAUAGUUUCGUUAUUCUUUUUAAGAUAGCAAAGUUAAAAAUCAAUUAUUAUAUAAACAGAUUAUUUGUCUUGUGGCAACUUCAUGAAUGACACGAAUUUGUCUUGGCUGGCAAAGACAAUAAAUAGAUAAAUGAGGAUUAUUAUAUUUUUGCAGCAUAUUUUCUUCAUAAAUACACUUACUAUCAAGGUAAUUAAAGUUUAUUGUUAUAGGAA